AUGUGGAACAGUGACCUCCAUUACAACCUUAUUCAAAAAGGUGCUGGAAAUUAUGAAGACAGCGAAGAAAGCGAAGAAAGCGAAGUCUCUAGCCAAGGAACGGAGUCUUCCCAAGAAGAAACAGAAAGCUUAGAGCCUUGGUCACGCAUAUUUGAUGAAGCCGAGAAACGCCAUGAGACUCAGCUCAACGCAUUGAUCAGUGAGUACGAAGGGAACGGAGAUUCAGAAAAUGUGGCCCGCGUGAAAGCCGAGAACGCUCUUCUUCCUGUUUACAGAAAAGAGCUGAGAAAAGUACUCUUAGAGAAUCUACAGUGGAUGCGUGCAAUGAAAAAGGAUCCCACCUUCAAAAAAGUGAUGGAAACUCAAAAAGAGCUUAAAGACACAGAAGGAUUUGACUAG